AUGCUUUGGAAACAGAGCUUGGUCGGUAUUCGAAAUCAAGUCCCAAGUCUGGAGGCACAGCUGCCCACGCAUCGACCAAGUCGACAAGCAGCAGUGAAACGGGUUAUGGGGCUGACGCGUCUCCACCUCCUGCGCUUCGAUUGGCAAAUCAGGCUUUCUUUCGAGCUGCAGCUGCAGCUGCUACUGCUGCUGCUCGAGAGUCUCGGCCUGUCGGCCAACGCCACAGUGGAAUUUGAUGACGGUGUGGGAGCUUGCCCGCUCGGGCAUGGCUAA